AGUUAACUAACUUAGUUACUUCAGUUAAAUAAGCUUCACAUGGACUAAAUAUGACGUCUGGCCAAACCAACCAACUUCCGCCGCCAAUAUUCAGGCAAUCGACAGAAUCAUGAAACAGCAGCAACAGUCACUCAGCCAUAGCCAUAUAUUGAGCAGGACGAGCUAAUGACCAUCUCCAAACGAAAUCCCCGUUUAUCCGCGAUAUCAUGAGAACGGCCCUUUGGCUUGGUCGUCUCCGUCCUGCACCUCUACCACAAAUACCGCCGUCCUCCGCAACCUAUCCGCGCCUCUGCUCCUCUACCAUAACCUUACCCGGUUCUAGAUACAUCAUACGCCAAUUAUCCCGCCAGCAUCAUGGCGGGAAAUUCCUUGAGCACUACAAGUUUCAAUGGCGGAACUACCGCUUCCCUCCGCCUCCACCUCCCCCUCGUCGCCCGCCCGAUGCCUACCCCCGCACAACAGCCCUCCUCAUUGCCGCUACUCUAACCCCAGCUGCCUUCCUCCAGCUGGCUGAGAACGGCAUAGAGGACGACACCACGACUGCUGAGAGUGAGAUGCUCGCCGCAUCGCGUGAGGAAGCCCUGCGCGUGAUUCCGGACGACUUGCACGUGAUCGUCCGGUUUUGCUGGAGUGUAUAUAUAUUCGUGGAUCGGUAUGUGGCGGAGCCCGUGGCGACGGCGAUGCGGCUUUUGCAUCUCAUUGUCAUAUUUGUGCCGGUGAUUGCGACGGUGCCGGUUAUUUGGAUUGGUGGGCGGGUGAAGAGUCGGGAUGGGGAGAGGAGCGGGACGCUUUGGUGGUAUGCGUUUUUGGUUAGAGGGAUGGAGAGGGCUGGGGCGGCGUUUAUUAAGCUAGGUCAAUGGGCGGCAUCGCGGUCUGAUAUAUUCCCUCCGGAGCUGUGCGCGGAGAUGUCUUCAUUGCAUUCUGAUGCCCCGGCCCACUCAUUACAUGCUACGAAGAGGAUUAUAAGCAAAGCUUUCAACAUGCCUUUUGAAGACAUCUUCGAAGAAUUUGACGAGAAGCCUCUCGGGGUUGGGGCUAUUGCACAAGUAUACAAAGCAAAGCUGCGUCCGGAUCUUUGUGUACAAGAUAAACUAGUCCGGGACGAUCAACCACAGAAUCUGCGGGCCAAGUUGAGGAAGAAUGUGGAUACACUGGUUAAGAGUAGCCCGCACCGGGUGCCCUCAUCGUACGUUGCGAUCAAGGUGCUCCAUCCUCGCGUGCAGAGAACUGUGCGGCGAGAUGUCCGGAUCAUGGCCUUUUUUGCACAUCUGAUCAAUGCAAUUCCCACAAUGGAGUGGUUUUCAUUUCCCGAUGAGGUGAAGCAGUUUGGAAACAUGAUGCGACUCCAGCUAGAUAUGCGGAUUGAAGCUGCAAACCUCCAGAUUUUCCGUAACCACUUUAAGUCGCGGACAACGACUUCGUUCCCAUAUCCGUAUACUGAGUAUACAACCAGGGAGGUACUAGUUGAGGAAUUCGCCCAGGGGAUCCCGUUGUCUACAUUUCUCGAGAGCGGGGGAGGGGUGUAUCAGCAGGAAAUCGCCCGUGAGGGCCUCGACGCCUUCUUACACAUGCUUCUCAUCGAUAAUUUCGUCCAUGCUGAUCUCCACCCAGGGAAUAUCAUGGUCCGCUUCUACAAACCUGGUCAACUCGAUCUUUCUUUCAAGACGUAUCAACCAAGCACAGUUGCGAGGGAAAUAACCCAAGUCGACGAAACCGAAUCUGUCCUUGACCGUCUCCGGCCUCACCAAGGGGACCCGGAGAAGUGGAAGGCUGUUCUCUCUGAGAUCGACAAGGAAGGCUAUCGGCCGCAGCUCAUAUUCAUUGACACAGGCCUCGUCACACAACUCAACGGCCACAACCGCCGGAACUUCCUCGACCUGUUCCGUGCGGUGGCUGAGUUUGACGGAUACAAAUCUGGCCAGCUAAUGGUGGAACGGUGCCGACAGCCGGACGCAGUAAUCGACCCGGAGAUCUUUGCGUUGAAGAUGCAACACCUCGUGUUGGCGGUGAAGGGGCGAACGUUUGCACUGGGUAAUGUUAAGAUUGGCGAUGUACUGAGCCAGGUGUUGUAUAUGGUGCGCGCACACCACGUGCGGCUUGAGGGAGAUUUUGUCAAUGUCGUCAUAUCCAUACUUCUGCUGGAGGGUAUUGGGCGGAGCAUGGAUCCCGAAUUGGAUUUGUUUAAGAGUGCACUUCCCAUCCUCCGCCAACUUGGAUCAGGCACGACAUUACUCAAAUCCGUGCGGGAAGGCGACACGUCAAUGCUGAAGGUAUGGGUUGGGCUUGAGGCGCGGACACUGCUGCAGGCGAGCAUUGAGAGCGUCGAGAAGUGCGUGAAGUACGAUCUGCUCUCGCCAAAUAUAUAAAGGCGUGAAUGUUGUAUCUCAUUCACCAGGUAAUUAAUUGGAUAUGAUAGAGCCGGCGGGGUACGUCGUCGGGUUUGGGUUUGGUUAAUUAGACGAGGUGGUUCCCUUUUUUUUCCUUUUUGUUAUUUUAUAUACUAUUUCCAUUUUAUUGUGGAAUAUAUGUAUAAUGUAUAUAUUUGUCUAUAUACCUAUCGACAUAUCAUUAAGUUUAUAUUUAACUAAAAACCCACCAUGAUAUUAUUCGUCGCUAGCCA